AGAAACAAAAAGCCACACACGUGCCUGCGAAACGAAUCCGUCUUUCUCAAUAGGCAAAUUUCAACGCGUGAGCUAUUAUCAUCUACAAAACGAGGACUUUCUGUUGCAUAUACAUAGCACAGAAAUUGCAACCAACUUCUUCCGUACGGAAAAGAGAGGGAGUGGGAGUGCAAACCACUCGUUCUGAAUCCUCUCUGUCUCUGUUUCUGGCUCUGAGCUUUGCUUUCGAAGAAUGGAUGUGUUACAGAGCCACCGAGCAGAAAUGCUAACCAUAGCAAUGGCUGUGGUGGCUAUUGGUGUUGGUACGGCCUACUACUUCUACGUCACCAAGAAACCAAAAGGUUGCUUGGAUCCUGAGAAAUUCAAGGAAUUUAAACUUGUUAAACGCAUUCAGCUCAGCCACAAUGUGGCUAAAUUUAAAUUUGCUCUUCCAACACCAACAUCAGUGUUGGGACUUCCUAUUGGACAGCAUAUUAGUUGCAGAGGAAAAGAUAGCCUUAAUGAAGACGUUGUCAAACCAUAUACCCCAACAACUUUGGAUUCAGAUGUUGGAUACUUUGAAUUAGUCAUAAAGAUGUAUCCACAAGGAAGGAUGUCUCACCAUUUUCAAGUGAUGCGUGAAGGUGACUAUCUGGCGGUAAAAGGACCUAAGGGACGAUUCAAGUAUCAGCCUAACCAAGUUAGAGCUUUUGGGAUGCUAGCUGGAGGCACUGGCAUCACUCCGAUGUUCCAGGUUGCUAGAGCCAUAUUGGAAAAUCCCAGUGACAGAACAAAUGUACAUCUUAUAUAUGCCAAUGUCACAUAUGAGGACAUUCUAUUGAAAGAAGAGUUGGAUAAUCUUUCCAGUAACUUUCCCAAUCGUUUCAAAAUUUAUUAUGUUUUGAAUCAGCCUCCUGAAAUUUGGGAAGGUGGUGUCGGGUUCAUAUCAAAGGAAAUUAUUCAAACUUACUGCCCUGCACCAGCACCUGAUAUUAAGAUUUUAAGAUGUGGGCCACCACCCAUGAACAAAGCUAUGGCUGCUAACCUCGAGAGUCUGGGAUACAGUCCGGAAAUGCAGUUCCAGUUUUAGGUCUUUGCUGGAGCUCUCCAAUGGGGUUUCCUAUCCCUAGCAUAAAUAAAGGAUUUUUAUUUAGGAUUACAUGACAUUUGAAAAUGAGAGUGCAGUGCAGAACAAGCUUCUGACUUCUCUGCUAUAAGCUCUCUAGUUUUUAAGGUAAAGAAUAUUUUAGUAGACUUAUUGCAGUGCGUGGGCAACAUGAUGCAUUGAGUUUUUGGCAGUGCCCGGAGUUCCCUUAUUUCUUUUCGACCAUAUCAAGAAGGUAGUUGAGAGUUUUUUCUUCAAUUGAAUUUUUAUUAUUUUAAAAUCUGGAACUGAAGUGUUGUAUGUUUACUUGAGUAAAAAUAAUGCUAGCAGCCUUUAUAGCAUAUAAAUUGUUCUACCAUUUAUGUCGA